CCCUCCCGUCAAGCGCGCACCGCCUCCGCCAUGCGGAAGGGUCCCGGCGGUUCCCGCCGCCCCCGGGCCGCGGGUUCGGGUCUCGGUGCCGCCAUCAUCGCCACCGCUCCGCCAGGACCGGGCCCGACAUUAGGAUUAUGGCUCCGGGCUCGGCUUCGCCGUUUCCCCCGGGCUCCGGGCCCGGUCCUGGCGUUCGCAGCCGCCGCCGCGCUGCUCUACCUCGCCUGGCCCAGCGGGGAACCGGGAACGGCACCGACCCCCCAGACCCCCCUAAAUGCCCGUUCGGAGGUUUCGCUGCGAGCGUUAUUGGCGCCUCUGAACCCCAACCGUCUGCGGGAUCGAUUCCUCCGUCCCCUCCUGCACGAACGGAUACCGGGAGGGUCUGGGAGCCGCGCUGCACGCCAGCACAUCGCGGAGUGCCUGAGCGCCCUGCGAGCCGCGUGGCACCUGGAAUUCGACGCCUUCCAAACGGCGACGCCGCGCGGGCCGGUGACUUUCACCAACGUGGUAGCCACGGUAGCCCCCGCCGCUCCGUAUCGCCUCGUCCUCGCUUGCCAUUACGACACCAAAGCGUUGACGUCGGAGCGCGGCCACCGAGUUUUUGUCGGGGCUACCGAUUCCGCCGUCCCUUGCGCUCUUCUGCUCGAGUUGGCCGCCGUCCUCGAUCGACCGCUGCGACGCGCUAAGGACGCGGGCGCGGAGGUGACGCUACAGUUGCUCUUCUUGGAUGGAGAAGAAGCCUUCGAGGAAUGGAGCCCUCAAGAUUCCCUCUACGGCGCUCGGCAUUUGGCGGCGCGGAUGGAAAACGCUCGGCACGGCCCUGGCGGUACCCAACUCGGCGCUAUGCGGUUGUUGGUGUUGAUGGACCUGUUGGGCGCGCGACUCCCCGCCAUCCACAGCCAUUUCUCCCGCACCCAUCGGUGGUUCCUGCGCUUCGUCGCCAUCGGUGGGACAUGGGGACGCGGGAAGAGCAGCAGCUGCGGCACCUGGGACUUCUCCACGCUGCACCCCAAGAUCCCCCUUUCUUCCGCCUCGGCCCAGCGCCGGGUCCCGUCGAGGACGACCACGUCCCCUUCCUCCAACGAGGUGACAUCCGCAGGUCCUCGGGAAUGCUUUGUCCCCUCGGAGUUGCUCCGUUGGGCUCAGAUCCCGGUGGGACACGUGUCCUCGGAGCAGGAGUUGCUCCGUUGGGCUCAGAUCCCGGUGGGACACGUGUCCUCGGAGCAGGAGUUGCUCCGUUGGGCUCAGAUCCCGGUGGGACACGUGUCCUCAGAGCAGGAGUUGCUCCGUUGGGCUCAGAUCCCGGUGGGACACGUGUCCUCGGAGCAGGAGUUGCUCCGUUGGGCUCAGAUCCUGGUGGGACACGUGUCCUCGGAGCAGGAGUUGCUCCGUUGGGCUCAGAUCCCGGUGGGACACGUGUCCUCGGAGCAGGAGUUGCUCCGUGUUGGGCUCAGAUCCCGGUGGGACACGUGUCCUCGGAGCAGGAGUUGCUCCAUCGGGCUCAGAUCCUGGUGGGACACGUGUCCUCGGAGCAGGAGUUGCUCCGUCGGGCUCAGAUCCCGGUGGGACACGUGUCCUCGGAGCAGGAGUUGCUCCGUUGGGCUCAGAUCCCGGUGGGACACGUGUCCUCGGAGCAGGAGUUGCUCCGUUGAGCUCAGAUCCCGGUGGGACACGUGUCCUCGGAGCAGGAGUUGCUCCGUUGGGCUCAGAUCCCGGUGGGACACGUGUCCUCGGAGCAGGAGUUGCUCCGUUGGGCUCAGAUCCCGGUGGGACACGUGUCCUCGGAGCAGGAGUUGCUCCGUUGGGCUCAGAUCCUGGUGGGACACGUGUCCUCGGAGCAGGAGUUGCUCCGUGUUGGGCUCAGAUCCCGGUGGGACACGUGUCCUCGGAGCAGGAGUUGCUCCGUGUUGAGCUCAGAUCCCGGUGGGACACGUGUCCUCGGAGCAGGAGUUGCUCCGUGUUGGGCUCAGAUCCCGGUGGGACACGUGUCCUUGGAGCAGGAGUUGCUCCGUUGGGUUCAGAUCCCGGUGGGACACGUGUCCUCGGAGCAGGAGUUGCUCCGUCGAGCUCAGA